GAAGGGGCACAGGAGAUGGUGUAGUACACGAUUGCAAUGAUAAUGACAGUGGGCCUGGAGGAUUGACUCAUUGACAGUCAUACCGCGUGUCAAUCGUCUCGUUGGAUACACGAAUCGAAUGACAAAUCAUGUGCCACCCUAAAACUAGUCUUUGAAGGCAUAUUUACUGGGAGAGAGGCACGGUGAGAGAUAAUCAACGAGGCUGAGAAGAGAGUCAUUGAAAGACAAGGGGGAAACGACAAUUAACGCAAGAUGGAUCAUGGUCAUCAGGGGGGCAGAAAGCAACUCGCUGUAUCGCCGGAAGUUGCUAUGGCAAAUGAGGUCUUUGAUCAAUUCUGCAAUGCCACAACACUCAAGUCCAUACUUGGACACUUUCGACAUCUUUGUGAUCUACUUAAUAUGCGCUCCAAUACUUUCCCUCAGUUUUAUCCAAAAUUUAAAUCGAAAUUGAGAUCGUGGAAGGCACAGGCAUUGUGGAAAAAAUUUGAUCAACGGGCCAAUCACAAGUGUUAUAAUCGAGGAAAAGCAUGCCCGAAUACACGAGUGCUAAUAAUUGGUGGUGGUCCGUGCGGUUUACGUGCAGCCAUCGAGGCUCAACUGCUCGGGGCUAAAGUCGUGGUCAUCGAGAAGCGUGACAGAAUGUCCAGAAACAAUGUCCUCCACCUCUGGCCAUUUGUCAUUCAAGAUCUUCGCGGUUUAGGGGCGAAAAAAUUCUUUGGAAAAUUCUGCGCCGGUUCCAUUGAUCACAUAAGUAUUCGUCAGCUUCAGUGCAUCCUCUUGAAAGUCGCCCUAAUUCUGGGUGUUGAAUUUCACGAGGGUGUGAGUUUUGAAUCCCUUGUGCCACCCCCAGAGGCACAGGAGGAGGGAAAAAUCGGUUGGCGGACAAAAACAACACCAUCGGAUCAUCCAGUAUCACAAUAUGAAUUCGACGUGCUAAUAGGUGCUGAUGGCAAAAGAAAUACUCUAGAGGGUUUCAAACGCAAGGAAUUUCGUGGUAAAUUAGCAAUAGCCAUAACAGCUAAUUUUAUAAAUAAACGUACAGAGGCGGAGGCACGAGUGGAGGAGAUAAGUGGUGUUGCAUUUAUCUUCAAUCAAAAAUUUUUCAAGGAAUUGUACCAAGAUACAGGAAUUGACCUUGAGAAUAUAGUGUACUAUAAAGAUGACACGCAUUAUUUUGUGAUGACAGCUAAAAAGCACAGCCUGAUAGACAAGGGCGUUAUACUUCAAGAUCACGCUGACACAGCUAAAUUAUUGGCUAAAGAGAAUGUAGAUCGCGAUGCCUUGAUGCUUUACGCAAGAGAGGCAGCUGAUUUCUCCACUCAGUACCAAAUGGUAGACAUGGAGUUUGCUGUCAAUCAUUAUGGCCAACCGGACGUUGCGAUGUUUGAUUUUACAUCUAUGUAUGCUGCUGAGAAUGCAAGUAGAGUGAUAGAGAGACACGGACACAGACUACUCAUGACUCUUGUUGGUGAUAGUUUGCUUGAGCCAUUUUGGCCAACGGGUUCGGGCUGUGCCAGGGGUUUUCUCAGCUCUCUGGACGCCUGUUGGGCCAUUAAAAGCUGGAGUGCCCAGCACUCGCCCCUUGAGGUUCUCGCUGAGCGUGAAUCCAUCUACAGAUUACUGGGACAAACAACCCCAGAGAACUUGAAUCGUGAUUACGCUGCUUACACUCUCGAUCCUCAUACCAGGUACCCCAACCUGAAUCCCAGAUCUGUUUCUACGGUGCAGGUAAGAGGGCUCCUGGAGACUGAUGAUCCUGAAAGCCUCAAACAGCCACCAGUACAGCCGAGUGUCGAACUGCCGAAAAAACGACGUCGUCGUGAUACGCAAAUUCAUCCUGAUACGCUACUCCACUGGCUCCAGAAACAGGUGGUACUUUAUGACGCUGUGCAAAUAACUGAUAUGACAUCGUCAUUCAAAGAUGGACUGGCCAUAUGUGCAAUCAUUCAUCGAUAUCGACCGGAUUUGAUUGAUUUUUAUUCGCUAAAAUCCGAGGAAGUUGAGAAGAAUAAUCAACUGGCUUUUGAUGUACUCGAGAAGGAGCUUGGUAUUGCACCGAUAAUGAACGGUGAAGAAAUGGCCCACUGCGAUGUACCCGAUAAACUACCUAUGUUUUCCUACCUCACGCAAUUGUACGAGGCCUUCCAUGGUGAAAUACCUCACAUUAAGCAUCCGAAAUUGGAGCCAGAGGCGGAUGAGAGACCGUUGUAUGAUAAACAAUUGGCACAACUCACGAGUGAACAGAAGGUUCACUUGAUCGGGCGUUUGGCUAAACACGAGACAGCGGGUAGAGCAAGACACUCGCGAUCAUCGAGGCACAAUAAUGAGAAUGUCCAGGCCAUGGGGGAUAAGAAGACUGAUGGAAGCCUUGGGAGGAGAUCCAGAAAGCGAAGGAGUAAUGAAAAAAUGGGAGCAAGUGUCGAGGAAAGGCAAAAACGACUCGAGGACAUUGCGAACAAUCGCAUUGAAAGAAUGAAGAGAAGACAAUUUUUACGAAAAAUGGCGACCCAGCAGUUUUAUAAGAGUUUACAGAUGCUACAGGCUAAUGCUAAACGUGAAAAAGACGAUGGCCCAUUUGAAGAUUAUUCAAUAUAUUUAUAUCGUCAAACAGCCGCUGAUUUCAAGGAUCGGGUUAAAGAAUUAGAGCAGAAAAUACUUUAUCCAGAUAGGGAGCCAAAAAUGGCUCUGCAGUACAAGGGCAACAUGGACGAGGAUUUCUCGGGAAGGAUAAAAAAUAUGGAGGACAAAUUACGUGGGGCAACGCCUACGGACAAGAAACCGCGAGAUCUUCUACGGGCGAUUGGAAAAAUUGAAAAAACCGAUUGGAACGUGAAGGAGAUUGAGAAAAAAAUUGAAGAGAAUAAAAUGAGUAGAGGAGCUCGGCAGGACCGAGAGCGUGUACCAAAGUGGAGCAGAGAGCAAUUUCUAGCGCGUCAAAUAAAAAUGGAGAAGAAAGGAAAGGAUCCAAACGAGCCAGAGAGUAAAUACACGGAAAUCGACAAUACCCUGAAGUCUAUGGACCGAAAGAUCAAAGAUGGAAAUGUUCUCGGGCACAAUAAAGUAUCAGCAAUGGCUGAACAAUUUGCAAAUAAGAAUCAGGACAAUGAACCCAAGGUCCAAAGAUCAAAUUCAAAAGCAGCAAUCGUUCUGCCAACCCAAGGGGGUUCUGAAACAUGCCAUUUUUGUGAUAAGAGGGUAUAUCUCAUGGAAAGACUCACCACUGAGGGGAAAUUCUUCCAUCGCGGUUGCUUCCGGUGUGAAUACUGUUCGACAUCGCUUCGUAUCGGCAAUCACACAUUCGAUAGGGAGAAAAAUGGUGGGCGGUUCUAUUGUACUCAACACUUUGGUCUGCCUGGAACAAUGAAGACUCGGUUGGAUAAGAAAAAAGUGCCACUGCUCAACAAGGAGAACAUACCAGACUCAUCGGGGAAAAUUAAAACAACCCCCGAAAAGAGUCAGACAUUAAAGCCGCCAUUGGACGGUGUAGCUGGUUUGGAUCUACUGGAUCGUGGUCAAACACCCGAGAGAAUUGAAUUUGAAAAUCUCGCGGAAAUGUCGGACGCCGAGGAGGCCCACAGUCAAAUGGAUGAGGAUGAAUGGACAGAUCGGAAUUUCGGUGCGUCAGCAGCAGAAAUGGGCUCAAGCGAUGAUAUAUCUGACAUGAGUGAUUCAGAUGAUGAUAAUGAGAUCUACGAGGAGGCCAUUGAUCAGCCACUGACGACCGAGGGCACCAUUGAAUUGGCUAAAAAUUGGACCCUGAGGUAUUCAACAAAUCCCCAUGGAUCUGGUGCUAAUUCAGACACUGGUAGCAACGAGUAUGAGGACUCCAGUGACGAUUACACUAGCGAGGACGAAGAAAGUGGCACGGCAACCGAAGACGAGGAUGAGGCGAGGGCCCGCGAGCUGAGAAAACAGGAGGUCUGGGUGAAGGUACCACCGAGGGAGUCCGAUGACACUGAGACGGGAUCCGAAACAGAGGUCGCCUCGGAUGAGUCAUCAAGUGAGGAGUGUCAGGAGAAUUCGGCGACUGAAAUCUCCACAGAUUCCGAAUUUGAGCAUGACGGUACAACGCCAACGCAGCACGAGAUACCUGAGAUAACAAUAAACGACUGUUUCGUGAGAAAAACUCGUGGUCAGUAUGUUGAACCAAAGAAAGUGCAAGUGAAGAGCCGAAUGAUAUCGCCAGUCAAUGGAAACGUCAAGAACGAGGAGCCUAACAGUCCCAUAAAUAAAACAAACAUGGAAAACCUGAGUAAAACUGUUAUUCGGCCAACAACCCUGAGUCCAAUGCCUCUGAUAAAUCCGAGAAAAGGGGACUACUUGUUGAAUCGAACUCAUUCCACUGAGGGUAUUGCCUCCAAGCUCUCCCUGGAGCUCAAGAAGAAGUAUUUGCUGGGUGGCUCAGUCCUUGGAGGGAGCGUCAUGAAGUCAGGAUCGACAUCAAACGUCGAUACAAAAUUACGAAACUUCACAGACUCAAUAUCUCAACAUCAGAAGCUCUUAAAUCCUGCACCAGUUCCUAGUCCCACGAUGCAAGCCUUUCUCCAGGGGACAAAUAAAUUGCACUCGACCUCCAACAUUCCCCUCUCCCCCAUCUCCACAAAACCAAAGCAAUUAAUUUCGUCCGUAGAGAAACCAAAAGACCCCGAACUACCGCCGACUCCGCUCCCUGAUUUACUCAAGGAGACAAACAUCAUGAAGUCUAAGACAGAUCCCAACAUCCUUCGAACUCGAAUCCUAUCCUACUCCAAAAAUCCUGAAGGCAAAAUAGAUGAAGCUAAAAUAGAAGAUGAAAAAGAUAAGAUUCUGGAGAAAAUUCUCGACGAUCUACAAUCACCAGAAGUAAACGAGGAGAACGGAGAUUGUCGUCCGAGAAGUCCCCUACAUGAAACGUCUAUUGUCGUCCCCCAAGUGGAUUGGUCCAAAACAGCUAAAGAUAAAAAUGAUGACAGCACUGAUGACUCUGAAAUGGAUUCAGAUUCAUUAUCUUCAAGUGAAACUGACGUUAACGAAGAGGACAAAAAAGAACUUAUUCGAGGCAAACUGUCACCUCCGAGGCUGCAAAUACACAGCACAGAUGGAGACCUCCUCCUGGAUGAGGAGAUAGAGAGGUACAGAGAGCCCGAGGAUGCAAUGAACUUUGAGCCGGACUCAAUCGAGUGCAUCCUAAAUGUCCGAGAAGAAGAGAAAUCAGAACACAGUGACUCAAUCAAGUCAGACCCCUGGGCAAGACCUCGAGAGGAUGAUAAUAAAACUCCCACUGUUGAAAUUGAGGCAAUUAACAACAAUUUAAAACGGUUAGACCUCACAGAGACGAAUCAACAGGUCAGCAACUGCAGCAGUCCCAGUUCAGUUGCCUCGAGUAUCUCGAAGCACGACGAUUCCUUCGAAAAUGAUCUGACAACAGCGGCCUUAACCGAAACUGAAUUUUCAGAGUGGGCUAGGGACGGUGAUGGCCUUGUUUCAGCUGAUCUGAAGGACACAGAAUUCGACAUGAGUUUAGCAUCGAAAAAGCCGAAAUAUAAAUUCAAUUAUGAAGGAACUGCGAGGAUCGCUAAAGAGGAGGAUCUCACUGACAUCGAGCAGUGGUCGGAGAAUUAUUCUAAAAAGAUCGAGAGAGCCUUCAACUUUCCCUGCAAUGAUACGUCGAAGCUCCUCGCUAACGGCGAAGACAUCGAUUACAUGGAUACCGAUAAUGAGUCGUUGUUAGAUAGUCUCAGAGAUACAGCAAACAUUCCAGUGACGAAAAAUCGUGGAUACGUGGAAUUCGUUAACGUCUCAGACAUCCCGAGAGACGAACUAAAUCAAAAACUGAAUGAUGCACCGAUCGCCAGGGCUGAGGUUGAACCAGAAUCAAUAUCAGAUGACGAAAAAUACCAGUACAAUAAAUACGAUAACGUUAUUGAGAUCAAUCCAGUGACGAUGGAUGACAUCAAAGACAGACUGACGAGUACGAAAUCAGUGGAUAACACCCCGAGGGAGCCUGUCAUCGAGGCUGUAAAUCGAGAAAUGAUUCAGUCAAUGGAUGAAGACAGUCUCCUUGUGAUUGAGCAAACAGAGGACACCACGACGAGUGAACUGACGACAAUAAAAGCUAGUCCAGUCUGUCCCCUACCACCAAUGCAACCUGAAAUGAAAGUAGAACCGUCCAAGUCUGAUACAACAGAUAUAAAUCAUCCAGAUUAUCUGGAAUACGUCAAACGUCUGCAGUCACGAAUCGCUGAGUUCUCAAAUGUGAAAGACUCCAUCGACGUCAGAAAAUCUAAACGUAAGAACUCCAAGAACGCACUGCCAGAUCGUUCAGCUGAGAUGAUUGCCGAGGAAAUAAAGAAUCAAGAGUCAUUAAAUACAAGUUAUAACUCGCCAGCUACCUCCAGAAAACUCGAAGAGUUAACUCGUGAACGAUCGAAGCAGAAGAAUCUCAUUCAGGAUCUUCUGAUGGAUAAAAUCGAGGCGCAUAAGCAGAAAUCAGCUGAGAAGAAGGCGAAAAGAGCAGCGAGAACAGCUUCCUGCAAUUCAGGUAUUCAACUAUUCCCAGCAAAAUGCAGUACUCCUCCUGCAGUGCCUGGUGCACAUUUUCCACUUGCCACGCCAAUUCGCACAUUUGCCGAAGCUAAAAAGUCCCUCGAUGCACCAGCCUCAGUAGAGACUAAACAAUUUAGUGAGAUUAAAACACUGCCAAGUAUUGAGGUGAGAAAUGAUCCUUUCAAGACACCAGUAGCACCACCGAGACUGAAGCACGAGGAGGCAAGGAGAACUGCUGAAAAAGCUAAACAGGAGGCGAGGGCGAGGGCGAGAUUGAAGAGUGACGAGGAUUUGGGUCUCAGUCCUGAGGAUAAGAUUAAACUUUUGAGAAUGAAAGUCCCGAGGAGGCAGUUGUCCAUGGAGGAUCGUCCAAGGACUGCGGAGGAGACAACGCCAGAAGCCAAAACACGUCACUAUAGUUUUACGUUUCAUAAAACUGGGGGAAAACUUCAGCCUAGCAAGAGCACGGAUAAUAUGAAGGCUUUUGCGAAGAAAAUGACACUCGAUUUGGUGCCUGCAUCUAGUGCUAAGUCCAUGGAUGAACUUGCUCAUGCUAAGAGGGUGGAGGUCAAGCCUGACAAUGAUAAUGUCGUGAUGAGGCGGGAUAAGAAGAAGCCCAAGGAUCCUGAGAGGAGGAAGAGCAUCAUUCAGGCUGUCUCGGAUUUCUUCAAAAAAAAGGAAGCCAGUCCUUCACCCACUAGCCACAAGGACAAGGGUUCUGUGUUCAGGCUGACUUCCAAGGCAAAAGAUAAAGCUAAGUUGUAUAGGUCUUACUCGGAAGGGUUCGAUCUCGAUAAACUCGAUCGAAAAUCCGACACAAGACCGAAAAGUGCCUGCGAAGGAAUGCUGAUCGAGCAUUACAUGCUCGAGGCGUCACCUCCUGUACCGCCUCCACCACGCAACUACUCCUUGUCCGCAACUCACAUUUCGGACGACAGUUUAUCAGACGAGGAUUCAAAAACUGCAGCUUUGACGUCUCAGAUGCAGAGGAACACCCUGGUAGAUGGAUCCUGCAGCAGUAUUUCCCGUAGAGUAAAGAAUUCAAAGAAAUUAGUAAGACAGAAGAGAUUGAGAAUGGCACAAGAGAUUCAGAGAAAGCUGGAGGAGACUGAGGUGAAGCAGAGAGAUCUGGAGAGUCGAGGAGUCAUCGUUGAGAAAGCAUUGAACGGGGAAGGAGAAUGUUCCGGUCGAGAGGAGACCGAUCUCCUCCGUGAAUUCUUCGACCUAAUGAGAGAGCGCACAGAAUUACGAAGAUACGAGAAAGAACUGUUGGUUCGUGCCCAAGAGGUGCAGCUGGAAGAUCGUCACGAAAGAUUGGAGCAAGAAUUACGAGAGAGAUUGGCUGAUGAUGAUAAGAAUAAAACUAAUGACGACGUGAAGAAAGAGGGAGAAAUAUUGACCGAAAUGUUGGAAAUUGUGGCAAAACGUGACUCCCUUAUAGCCCUGCUGGAGGACGAACGACAAAGAGGAAUUGUACGGCACGGCUUCGCUUUGUAAUGCGAGAACGUCAUGCACUUGAGUGAAAUAUUUAAACUGGGAAUGGUAUAAAGACGAGGACAAGGAACUCGAGGCUCAAAUGUUAUCGAAGGGCCUAAGGUUAACACCAAUCAAGAAGGAGGACACCAAGUAUUCGGUUUAGCUAGCUAAUCGUGAUUAUUUUAACGGAUAAUUAACUAAUCGGAAUUUUCCUUCCGCGAAAUGAAGGAAUUAUUAGAAGAAUUACAGAGAUUGUAUUCAAACAAAUAAUCGGUAGUGGAAUUGAGGUGUGUACGGACCAACAGAGUAUUUUAGAGAUUGACCUGAAACAUUCGUCUCUGGAGCGUGUGAACAUUUUGAUUUUUUUUUUAAUUGAUUGGACAGCAGAGACAUGCUAUCAAAGAUAAACUGGCUGUAGAGACGUGCAGUAACAAGAAGAGAAUAUUUUUCAAUGAUUUAUACGAUGAAAUGGUGGGGGGAAAUGGAAGAAAAAAGCGUGAUAUUGUAAAUUUUAUAAGCGCGAGAAUAUAUUUUUCACCACGAGAAAUAAAAAGAAAUUUUGAAGAGACUGGAAUAAUUAUUUUGGAAUGAAGCAGUUUAAAAAAAAACGGUAUUGACGAGUGAUGUCUUAAUAUAAAAUAAUUUUUAAUAGAUGUACAACCUAAUCCGUUGUUUAAGGUUCACUGAAUGCCGCUCAAAACCACGUGAGAGAGGGGGGAAUUUUAAACAUCGAAUUGAGAUAAUGAAAUUGAAGAAUUUACUGAUAAUGAUUAAUUUCUAAAUUAGCUUAACGAGAUUGAAAUCAAGCUUUCUGCAUCUACCAUCGGUCUAUUACGAGGGUAAUCAAUGUGCCUAAACCAAUCUGGAAUUGAUCACUGUCCAUUCACGUGCAAAUGCAAAAAAAAAAAAUUAUUAAUGCAUUUUAAAGCAUUCAAAUGGAGCUUUUAUCUGUCCGACGAAGUUGAAGAAUCUGUUUCAAAAUAUUGAUCCAACUAAUAGCAGUUGACUCAAACCUAGUCCUCUGAACAAGCAUCGAUAUGCUUCUGCAAGAGCUCACCGCAAAGCCAAAGUUGUAAGAAGAAAAAUAUGAAAAAGACGGGGGAAAAACAAAUUACGUGCAUUGGGCUCUUGUUGACAAUUCACUUAUUUAAGUCACACGGUAAUUGACAAAUUAGUUUGUAUAAUUGUGUAAAUACAUGUAGGACUUAUUAAACCAAUGUAACUGUA